CCCUUUGCUGUUUAUAGCCAGCGCAUUUUUAAUACACUACGUGAUCCGCCUGCGUCCAACGCCCUCCACGAGCAAUAUAACUAAAGGAGAGCGCCAACGGCUGCCCUCCUCCAUUCGGCCAUCGUUCCAUUUGCCCUAAUCCUUUCUUCCCCUCUUUCUCCUCCUCCUCCUCCUCCUCCUCGCUGCCUCCUUUCUUUCCCGCUGCGCUCGAAGCCGACUCGGCGUUCUAGACAGCGAUCGAGCGAGCGAUCGAGAGUUGCGACGAUGCCGGCUUCCGCGGAGCAGGUUAUGAACUACCGCGGAGGUUCCGUCCUCGGGAAGAAGACCAUCCUCAAGAGCGACCACUUCCCCGGAUGCCAGAACAGGAGCUUGAAACCCCAGAUAGACGGAGCCCCAAAUUAUCGCCAGGCUGGUUCCUUGCAUGUGCAUGGAGUUGCAAUACCGACAAUAGAUGGGAUACAGAAUGUGCUUGAUCAUAUUGGGGCAAGAAAGCAAACCAAGCAAAAAAGAGUACUUUGGCACAAUCUCCGAGAAGAGCCUGUGAUCUACAUCAAUAACCGUCCCUUUGUUCUACGAGAUGUUGAGAACCCUUUCUCCAAUCUUGAGUACACGGGAAUCAACAGAGUGAGACUUGAGCAAAUGGAAUUUCGGCUCAAAGAAGACAUUUUGGUGGAAGCUGCUAGGUAUGGGAAUAAAAUCCUUGUUACUGAUGAACUUCCAGAUGGUCAGAUGGUGGACCAAUGGGAGCCGGUGAUGCCUAACUCUAUUAAAACACCUCUGGAGGUUUAUGAGGAGCUACAGAAAGAAGGAUAUCUUGUUGAUUAUGAGCGUAUCCCUAUUACGGAUGAAAAGUCCCCUAAAGAAGGAGAUUUUGAUGAUUUGGUACAUAGUAUGUCUCAAGUCAGUUUAGAUACAGAAAUACUUUUCAACUGUCAGAUGGGGCGAGGACGAACAACGACUGGUAUGGUGAUAGCCACUUUGGUAUAUCUUAACCGAAUUGGAGCAUCAGGUAUUUCACGGUCUACUUCUAUUGGAAAAAUAUUUGCUUCUGGUUCUGAUGUCACUGACCGUGGCCAGAGCUCUGAAGAUGCAAAAAGAGGUGAAUAUGCUGUAAUUAGAAGUCUAAUUCGUGUUCUAGAGGGUGGUGCAGAAGCCAAGAAACAAGUGGAUAAAGUCAUUGACAUGUGUGAUUCUAUGCAGAACCUAAGAGAUGCAAUUGCUACCUAUGGGAAUAAAAUUUUUCGCCAGCCAGAUGAAAUGAAGCGGGAGGCAUUACUUUCUUUUUUUGUUGAGUAUUUGGAGCGCUACUACUUUCUCAUCUGCUUUGCUGUGUUCAUCCACACACAGAGAGCUGCUGUUCUUUCCAUUUCAUCCGAUCAAAUGAGUUUUUCUGAGUGGAUGAAAGCUAGGCCUGAACUCUAUAGCAUACUUCGCAGAUUGCUAAGGAGAGAUCCAAUGGGUGCCCUUGGGUACUCAAUUUCGAGGCCUUCUUUAAAUAACAUUGCUGUAUCUACUGAUGGUUGUCCUUACGAAAUGGGUAUGGUUGCUGCUAUGAGGAAUGGAGAAGUUCUGGGAAGUCAAACAGUCUUGAAAAGUGACCACUGCCCUGGGUGUCAGAAUCUUAGUUUGCAUGAAAGAGUGGAUGGUGCACCUAAUUUUCGUCAAGUUCCAGGGUUUCCAGUUUAUGGUGUCGCAAACCCAACAGUCGAUGGUAUUCGAGCUGUGAUUCAGCAAAUUAGAAGUAAUGGUGGAUACUCUGUUUUCUGGCACAAUAUGAGAGAAGAACCUGUUAUAUAUAUUAAUGGGAAACCCUUUGUGUUGCGUGAGGUGGAAAGGCCAUACAAAAACAUGCUUGAAUACACGGGGAUUGACUGUGAGAGAGUUGAGAGAAUGGAAGCUCGAUUAAAAGAGGAUAUUCUUCGGGAGGCAGAAUGUUAUGGAGGUGCAAUAAUGGUAAUUCAUGAGACAGAUGACGGACAAAUAUUUGAUGCGUGGGAACAUAUAGAUGCUGAAUCUAUUCACACUCCAUUAGAGGUCUUCAAAUGUCUAGAAUUUGAAGGUCCAAUUCAAUAUGCACGUGUUCCUAUUACUGAUGGUAAAGCUCCUAAAAGUUCAGAUUUUGACAGAAUAGCAUCAAAUAUUGCUUCAGCCCCCAAGGACACUUCUUUUGUGUUCAAUUGCCAGAUGGGCCGUGGCCGGACAACUACAGGCACUGUGAUUGCUUGUCUUGUCAAGCUUCGGAUUGAUCAUGGAAAACCUAUGAAGAUGCAGCGGGAUGAUGGUUGCAAUGAACAACUGGAUGCUGAUUGCUCUAGUGGUGAAGAAACCAUUGGUGAAAAUGGUUCACCAAUUUCAACUUUUCUAAAAUCUAUGGAUGGACGUGAACCACACCACAAAUUUGGCAUUGAUAACAUCCUUCUACUAAGGAAGAUAACAAGACUCUUUGACAAUGGGAUUGAAUGCAGGGAAGCUUUGGAUGCUAUCAUCGACAGAUGUUCAGCUUUACAGAACAUACGUCAAGCAGUUCUUCAAUACAGAAAGGUGAUCAAUCAACAGCAUGUGGAGCCAAGAGUAAAGAGGGUUGCUUUAAAUCGAAGUGCUGAAUAUUUGGAACGGUACUUCAAAUUAAUCGCUUUCUCAGCAUAUCUUGGAAGUGAAGCUUUUGAUGGUUUUUGUGGGCAAGGAAUAACUAAAACUUUGUUCAAAACAUGGCUGCACAAGAGGCCUGAGAUUCAAACCAUGAAAUGGAGCAUAAGAUUACGCCCUGGACGAUUUCUCCCUACCCCUGAAGAACCAAAAGCACUGUUUGGGUCUAUGCAUGGUGAUGUAGUGAUGGAUGCGAUAGUCAAGUCACGCAAUGGGUCUGUCUUGGGCAAAGGUUCCAUACUGAAAAUGUAUUUUUUCCCUGGACAGAAAACCUCAAGUUGGAAGCAGUUUAAGGGCACACCUAACGUAUAUAAGGUAGAUGCUUAUCCUGUGUACAGUAUGGCAACUCCAACAGUUGAUGGUGCGAGAGAAGUUCUGUCAUACUUAGGUGCUAAAGAUCUUUCUGCAACAACUCGUUCCCAAAAGGUCAUCAUUAUAGAUCUGAGAGAGGAAGCUGUUGUAUAUAUCAAUGGUUCACCUUUUGUUCUUAGGGAACUUGAUCGCCCUGUUGAUACACUAAAACAUGUCGGAAUUUCUGGUUCAUUGGUGGAACACAUGGAGGCAAGGAUGAAAGAAGAUAUAUUUACUGAGGUGAAACAGUCUGGUGGUCAGAUGCUUCUUCAUCGAGAAGACUAUAACCCAGCUUCAAAAAGGACAAGUGUGAUUGGUUAUUGGGAAAACAUUUCAUUAGAAUAUGUUAAGACCCCUGCAGAAGUGUUUGCAGCACUGAUAGAUGAAGGCUACAGAAUUGAAUAUAAAAGGAUCCCUCUUACAAGUGAAAGAGAAGCAUUAGCUGUGGAUGUUGAUGCCAUGCAAUAUUGUAAAGACGAAUUUGCUAGGUAUUACCUUUUCAUUUCACAUACUGGAUAUGGAGGGGUUUCAUAUGCAAUGGCUAUCACAUGUCUUGGGCUUAGUGCUGACAAGAAAUUUGCUACAGAACAGACAGUUGAGACACAUUUUGUAUCAACUUCACCCAUUGGCACCUUGCAUUUUCAGCCAUAUGGCGUAGAUGCAUUAAAACAGGGUGACUACCGUGACAUUUUAAGCCUUACUAGAGUUUUGGUCCAUGGACCACAAAGCAAGCAUGAAGUUGACAAUAUCAUCAAUAGGUGUGCUGGUGCUGGGCAUCUGCGAGAUGACAUAUUGCAUUAUAAGAGAGAACUUGAUGAGUGUCCGAGUGAUGAUGAUGAGCAUAGAUCCUACCUCAUGGAUAUGGGGAUUAAAGCUUUGAGGCGAUAUUUUUUUCUGAUCACUUUCAGGUCUUAUCUUUACUGCACUUGUCCCACCGAAGCAAGCUUUUCGACAUGGAUGGAGAUGAGACCUGAGCUCAGACAUCUUUGUGACAACCUGAAACUGGAGUAGUACUGUCCAAAGGAAGUUCAAUGUAAAGCACCUUUAGUCAUUUAAUCAAUAACCAAGAAAGUUGAGAAGGAUAAAAGAAAGAGGGGGAUCCAUGUAAAGCAUUAGAUUAGUAAAAUCUUCCCUGUCUAAAGCUAUGAGUGUACAGUUAUCCUGUAAAAUGCACCUUGAUCUAGAGUUUCCUUGUGUACUUCUCAUUGCUAAUAAAAAACAUGAAAGCCAUUUCCACCAA